GAUUGGUCGCUGCUGAUGCCUUUCCGAUGCCCGGUGCUCGCUUCCUGAGGCGGCGGCUCUCUCUCGCCCUGUCCGCGACACAGCCAGUGACUCGCGUCUGCUCUCGCUUGUCGUUGCCCGGCGCUGAGCUCCAGCCCGCGGCCGCCUGCCCAGGAGCAAGAUGACCCCGACGCAAUGGGACUUCCCGGUGGAGUUGUGCUGCCGGCCUAUGGCCUUUGUCACCCUCACCGGCUUGGACGUGGUGUACAACGCCGUGCACCGGGCCGUGUGGGAUGCCUUCUGCGCCAACCGGCGGGCCGACCGCGUCCCCAUCUCCUUCAAAGUGCUCCCCGGCGACCACGAGUACCCCAAGUGCAGGACGAAGAGGACAUCCUAUGAAUGGUAUAUUCCAAAAGGAAUCCUGAAGACUGGUUGGAUGAACAAACACCUGAAUUUGGUUCCAGCACUCGUGGUGGUGUUCUAUGAACUAGACUGGGAUGAGCCACAGUGGAAAGAAAAACAGUCAGAAUGUGCUACUCGAGUUGAAAUUGUCAGGCAAAGCUUACAGGGAAGAAAUACAAAAGUUGCUGUGGUUUUGAUUCAGAAAAAAACACCGUUACCUCCAGGGGAAGAUGUUAUUGCAUCAGAGAGGGCAGCAGCUUUAUGUAACGCUUGUGAUCUUUCCGGAAAGUCCCUUUUUGUACUUCCACACACUGAUCAUCUUGUUGGUUACAUUAUAAGGUUGGAAAAUGCUUUCUAUGAGCAUGCACAGACUUACUAUUAUACAGAAAUACGAAGAGUUAAAUCUCAUAAGGAGUUCUUGAACAAAACCACUCAUCAGCUUUUGUUUGUUAGACACCAGUUCAAAAUAGCAUUCUUCAGUGAGCUGAAACAGGAUACACAGAAUGCUCUCAAAAACUACAGAACUGCCUAUAAUCUUGUGCAUGAAUUGAGGGCUCAUGAGACAAACAUACUGGAAAUCAAGACCAUGGCAGGAUUUAUAAACUAUAAGAUCUGUCGCCUCUGCUUCCAGCAUAAUACUCCACUGGAUGCAAUUGCUCAGUUCAGGAAACAUAUUGACUUGUGCAAGAAAAAAAUAGGAAGUGCAGAACUGGCUUUUGAGCAUGCUGCCUGGAUGUCUAAACAAUUUCAGGCUUUUGGUGACUUGUUUGAUGAAGCAAUUAAGCUGGGAUUGACAGCGAUUCAAACUCAGAAUCCAGGUUUCUAUUACCAGCAGGCAGCCUAUUAUGCACAGGAACGGAAACAGCUAGCAAGUAUGCUUUGUAACCAUGAUUCCUCUGUGGUAUAUCCCAAUCCUGAUCCUCUGGAAACGCAAACUGGAGUGCUUGACUUCUAUGGGCAAAGACCAUGGCGGCAGGGAAUACUAAGCUUUGAUCUUUCUGAUCCUGAAAAGGAGAAGAUGGGGAUUUUAUCCCUACAAUUGAAAGAGAAAAAUGUCCUGCACUCGGAGCUGAUUAUCACUUUGCUGAGUAAUGCUGUUGCACAGUUCAAGAAAUACAAAUGUCCAAGAAUGAAAAGUCAUUUGAUGGUUCAAAUGGGAGAAGAAUAUUACUAUGCUCAAGAUUAUGCCAAAGCCUUGAAGCUCUUGGAUUAUGUUAUGUGUGAAUACCGCAGUGAGGGAUGGUGGACCCUUCUCACUUCCAUAUUGACAACAGCUCUCAAGUGUUCGUACCUAAUGGCCCAGCUAAGAGAUUAUAUAACAUACUCCUUAGAGCUACUGGGCAGAGCAUCUACUCUUAAAGAAGAUCAGAAGUCUCAAAUAGAAAAAAAUUUAAUAAAAGUUCUAAUGAAUGAAAGCCCUGAUCCUGAACCCGAUUGCGAUGCUGCUGCUGUGAAAGCAUCACAAAAACUAUGGGCUGACCGUGUUUCCUUGGCAGGCAGUAAUGUUUUCACAAUAGAAGUCCAAGAUUUUAUACCAUUUGUGCAGUGCAAAGCAAGAUUCCUUGCUCCGAGCUUUCAUGUUGAUGUCCCUGUGCAGUUUGAUGUGCACUUGAGAGCUGAUUGUCCACAUCCUAUCAGAUUUUCUAAGCUUUGCAUCAGUUUCAAUAAUCAGGAUUACAACCAGUAUUGUGUGGUGGAAGAAGCCUAUCAAAAGAGUGAUAUUCUAGAGCAGUCGUCACAAGGGACAAUGUGCUUAGUCCCUGGCAAAACAAGAAAGUUCACUUUCAAAUUUGUUGCAAAAACUGAAGAUGUAGGGAAGAAGAUCGAGAUCACCUCUGUGGAUCUGAUCCUGGGAAGUGAGUCUGGCCGAUGCGUGAUUCUGAACUGGCGUGGAGGAGGUGGAGAUGCUGCUUCAUCUCAAGAAGCAUUGCAGGCAGCACGCUCCUUCAGGCGAAGACCUAAACUUCCAGAUAAUGAAGUGCACUGGGACAGUUUGGCUAUUCAGGCAAGCACUAUGAUUAUUUCUAGAGUGCCAAAUAUUUCUGUUCAACUCCAUCAUGAACCUCCUGCCCUGACUAAUGAAAUGUAUUGUUUGGUUGUGACAGUCCAGUCACAUGAGGAGACAGUGGCCAAAGAUGUUAAGCUUACAGCUGGUUUAAAGCCAGGGCAAGAUGCCAACCUGACUCAGAAAACUCAGGUGACUCUUCAUGCGACAGAUGUGUGUGAUGACUCCUUUCCUGCACUGCUUCCUGACAUCCCUGUAGGAGACUUGCAGCCAGGGGAAAAGCUGGAAAAAACAAUCUAUAUUCGUUGUGGAACAGUUGGUGCAAGAAUGUUUCUGGUUUAUGUUUCUUACCUAAUCAACACUAUCGUUGAAGGGAAAGAAAUCCUCUGCAAGUGUCACAGGGAUGAAACUGUAACCAUCGAAACAGUAUUUCCUUUUGAUGUUGCUGUCAAAUUUGUCUCCACAAAGCUGGAGCACUUGGACAGAGUGUUUGCAGAUAUACCUUUUUUGCUGAUGACAGACAUCCUGAGUGCCUCUCCUUGGCCUCUUACUAUUGUAACAAGCCAGCUAGAGUUGUCAGCUUCCAUGACUGCAGUAGAUCAAUUGGAAUCUUAUGUGGAGAAUGUUGUUUUACAGACAGGUGAGAGUGCCAGUGAGUGCUUUUGUCUUCGAUGUCCUUCAGUUACUAAUGUUAGUGGAGUGGCAACUGGAUCUUAUGUCAUUUCCUGGAAGAGAAGUUCAGCUGUGGAAAGUGUACCUGUUGUUAGUACAGUCAUCACUCUACCACAUGUGAUUGUAGAGAGCAUUCCCCUCCAUGUUAAUGCAGAUCUGCCAUCAUUUGGUCGAGUCCGAGAAUCCCUACCUGUCAGAUAUCAUCUGCAAAAUAAGACCAACUUAGUCCAGGAUGUGGAAGUGUCAGUGGAACCCAGUGAUGCUUUCAUGUUCUCUGGCCUUAAGCAGAUCCGAUUAAGAAUCCUUCCUGGCACACAGCAGGAAAUGUUGUAUAACUUCUAUCCUCUGAUGGCUGGGUAUCAGCAGUUACCAUCUCUUCAUGUGAACUUGCUGCGAUUCCCAAACUUCACUAAUCAAUUGCUCAGACGGUUCAUACCAACACACAUUUUUGUGAAGCCUCAAGGUCGUCAAGCAGAUAACUCGAUUGCAGCUGCGUAACUUUGAGACCUGUACCUUUGCACUCAAGGAAAAUAGAAUGUUGCACAGAACAUGUAAAACUCACUUUGGAAACAUGGCUUCAAUCAAACCAUAAGAAUUAAAUGUUAUUUUUAAAUCGCAACUCUUAGCAGAACUAAUGUGUUGGGU